AUGCGUAAAUCAACACAACUUGCUAAUCGAGUUAUCAAAACUAUUGGAUGUGCAAACGGUUUAGGCGGAAGACAAUUAGGAUGUGAAAAUGCUGUUGAAGUUAUCAAAAAAUCACCAUUUAUGGCGAAUGUUGCGAAAAGAUUGGAUAUUCAAUGGGGGCCUAUUAUUGAAGAAGUAAACACAGGAAGACACGCAAAAGCUCUAGGAGGGGUUACUCAGGUUAGUUUGAAAAUAUAUGAUGGAUAUUAAAAAAUAAAAACAUUUAGACAUGCCGUCAACUUGCUCAUCAUACCCGUCAAGUUAUUGAAAACAAAAAUGAGUUGCUUGUUUUUGGAGGAGAUCACAGUUGUGCAAUCGGAACUUGGAGUGGAGUAGCAACAGCAAUGCGUCCAAUUGGAGAUAUUGGACUAAUCUGGGUUGAUGCUCAUAUGGAUGCACAUACACCUGAAACAAGUGAUUCUGGAAAUAUUCAUGGAAUGCCGAUUGCUCAUCUUCUUGGUUUUGGUGACAAAAAUUUGAAAAGAAUUGGCGAUCGUCUUCCAAAAAUUUUACCUCAUAAUUUAUGUCUUGUUGGAAUCAGGGAUUAUGAAUCAGCAGAACAGGAAUUGCUAGAGAAACUUGGAGUCAAAAUCUUUUAUGCAAAUGAUGUUGAAAGGCGAGGAAUCACUGAUAUUAUGCAAGAAGCACAGUAUAUUGUAUCAAGAAACACAGUUGGAUUUGGAUUAUCGAUUGAUUUAGAUGGUUUUGAUGUUUCAUAUGCGCCUGCAGUUGGAACACCAGCUGCAGAUGGAAUCAAUGCUAUGGAAUUUGUAAAAGCUAUGCUCAUGAUUGAUAUGACAAAAUUAAUAGCAACAGAAAUUGUUGAAUUCCUUCCACGAUUUGAUGAUUCAAACAAAACCAGGUUUGUAGAUUAAUGAAAAAGUUUUAGAAUCAAUAUUAAUUUCAAAAGUUCAGUGAACAAUUAGUUGCCAACUUGGUGGAAUACAUCUAUAAAACUAAACACUUUCAAUUGGAUUCAGUUAUUGAAAUUGCACAACGAGUCGGACGAUCCGAAGAAAUUCAACAGAAAAUUUCACAAUCUUUGUAA